AUGUUGUGGAUUUCUGUUAGCAAGCGAGCUGUAGUGAAGUUUAUCUUCAAGAUGAAAAUUACUAUCAAAGAAUGGGCAGGCGGCGGUAACCUACUUCUAGUAUUAGCUUUGACUACAUGUUACUACUCUAGAACAACAGUGGCACUUGAUGAAAGCAAAUCGCUAAGAAAAGCCAGCAAAACACGCCAAGAAAUGCAGUGGGGAAUAUCGCCAAGAAUCGAAGAUGUUGGCUACAAACUUCCAAGAAACGUGAAACCUGUUAACUACAAACUAACGCUGGAGCCAAACCUUCGGAACAAAACCUUUGACGGAAUUGUUCAAAUUUCAUUAAACAUUUUAGAACCAACUGAGACCAUUAUAAUACACUCCAAGGAUUUGAUCAUACGAAGAAUGGAUAAGAAAAUUGUUGGUUUUUACGCAAGUUCUCUUAAAACUGGCGGAACAAUGGUAGCUAGUAAAUUUCAACCAACCUAUGCUCGGCAAGCUUUUCCAUGCUUUGAUGAGCCUGAUUUCAAAGCAACAUAUGACAUUACAUUGAUAAAGCCUGUAGCUUAUGUAGCCUUGUCAAAUAUGAAUCAAAUUUCUGAAGAAAUUAGUGAAGAUGGUAAAACAGCAGCCGUUUCAUUUGCUACCAGUGUUCCAAUGUCAACAUAUCUGGCAUGUUUUGUCAUAUGCGAUUUUGAUUUUAAACAGACUGUAAUAAAUGCAAAUGGUAUAGGUAACAAUUUUGAGUUGCGUAGUUUUGCUCAAAAGGAUCAAAUGCAUAAAAUAGAUUUUGCACAAGACAUUGGCAAAAGAGCAACUGAAUUUUAUAUUAAAUAUUAUGAGGUUCCGUUUCCACUCCCAAAAUUAGAUAUGAUUGCAAUUCCGGAUUAUGUGUCAGGAGCAACUGAGCAUUGGGGCCUAAUAACCUACAGAGAGACAUCAUUCCUAGUGGAUGAAGCCACAGCUUCUUCAAAGAAUAAAAUAAGUGUUGCUAACACAAUUGCUCAUGAAUUAGCACACAUGUGGUUUGGAAAUCUAGUUACCAUGAAAUGGUGGGAUGAAGUAUGGCUCAAUGAGGGUUUUGCAUCCUAUAUGCAGGUUAAAGCUCUAAAUGCUAUUGAACCAUCCUGGACAAUGUUGGACCAAUUCUUGACGAAAACUUUACACUCAGUGUUGGUGACGGACGCCAAACUCUCGAGCCAUCCAAUUGUGCAGACUGUGGCCACACCUGACCAGAUUACCGCUAUUUUUGAUGCAAUUUCUUAUAAUAAGGGUGCUUCUAUUCUUCGUAUGUUGGAAGGAUUUAUCGGCGAAGAAAACUUCCGAAAAGGCGUCUCGGAUUAUUUGAAAAAGUAUAAAUUUGGCAAUACCAUCACUCAAGAUCUGCUAUCAUGUUUGGAGCCUUACUUCAAAAACGCUUACCCAGAAUUGGAUCUUUCUUACAUAAUGGACACGUGGACCAAGCAAAUGGGCUAUCCCAUUCUGAACGUAGUGCGGAGUGAGGAGCCCAACACUUACAUAAUCACCCAAUCUCGAUUCCUUCUUGAUCCCGAUGCGGUCCAGAAGAAUGACUCGCAGUUUAACUACCGGUGGUUCGUGCCAAUAACGUACAAGACCAAUAGGAAGAAACAUCAGAAUGUAUUAUGGUUUUCGGAUACCGCCGAUAGUGUGAAACUAAAAGUCGAGGAAGGUGAGGACUUAUUGAAGAUAAACAACAAUCAGAUUGGCUACUACAGAGUCAACUAUCCGAUCGAUAUAUGGCAGGGGCUGAUACAGAACCUAAAGACUAAAUCUGAGCAGUGGGGCCGGGCUGUGGACUAUGCCCUGAUACCCUCUGUACAGAGGAGGCCUUUGCCCAGCAGUGGGACAGUUACAAUAUCCGACAGAGCGCACUUACUUAAUGACGUGUUCGCACUAGCCGAGGCGCGUGCAGUGCCUUACGAGUUGGCUUUGAACCUAACCACGUACUUAAACGUUGAGACGGACUAUGUGCCAUGGGAUACAGCGGCCUCGAUAUUCAACAAGUUGUCCGAUCGCCUGCUGAGUUCCGACUCCCAUAAUGCCUUACGGAACUACGUCCAAAAACUAGUGGAGCCCCUGUACAGCCAGCAAACAUGGACGAAAACUAAUUUAAGCGUUAUUGAAGGGCUUUUACGUACGAGGGUAUUGUCGUUGGCAACCGGUUUCGAGUUGCCAGACGCCGUGGCGAAGGUGCGUGGUCUGUUCCUCAGUUGGCUGAACGGCCACGGAACAUCAGAGGUGGUCAUCGAGCCGGACUUACGGGACAUCGUCUACUAUCACGGAAUGAAGCCCGCCACGCAAGCGGAGUGGGACAAGCUGUGGGAGAUAUAUUUAAAAGAAGAGGAUGCGCAGGAACAAACAAAGUUACGGCACGCUUUGGCAGCACCUAGGAAUACCGAUAUCCUCAGAAGGUACCUCGAGCUGGCCUGGGACGAGAGCAACGUCCGCGGCCAGGACUACCUCAACGUGGUCAGCUUCAUCAGCGCCAACCCGUCUGGUGAAUCUUUGGUGUGGGCGGACGUCCGCCGCCGAUGGCCCCUGCUGGUGGAGCGGUUCACGCUGAACAGCCGCUACCUUGGCGGGCUGGUGCCCUCCAUCACCAGCGCCUUCGACGCCCCCCUCCAGCUCGCGGAGAUGCAAGAAUGGUUCGCGAAGUACCCAGAAGCUGGGGCCGGUGAGUCGGCGCGAAGGCGCGCUUUGGAGACCGUGCAGAACAACAUCCGAUGGGCCACCACCCAAAAGCCGGCCGUCGCCGCUUGGCUUAAAGCAAGCGGCAUC